UGAGUAAUAUUCAACAAGCUCUUAUCUGACUUGCACUACAGUACUUCCGGGUUACCCAGCUUCCUGAUGGAAACUACGGCAGCCGGAAUGUCAAUAGUGAAGCCAGAGCAGAAGACGCGACAGAUUAUCAAAUCGCUGCAGAACAUCUGGUGCUGCAGAACAUCUGGCGCUGCGGUGCUCCCUCUGCACAGUCACUCUCCACCGGUACGUUCACAGACAACAUGCCGUCUCCUAAAGCUAAAAACAUGGCUCGCAGCGGAGGAAGCCCGGUGUUCGGCAGCUCCAAUGGCCGCUACGACUUCAAGUCACUGACGAAGCCGCUGAACCGCUCCUCGCCGCCGCCACACCUCCUUCAGCGGCAAGGCUCCGACCCGACCACGGCUCGGCUCCGGGCCUCGGAGAGCCCCACACGACGCCGGGGCUCCAGCUCCUCCACGGGCUCGGCGCCGGACGAAGACGGGAUACGGCUGAACCCGUCCUUCAUCCGCGUAGCGCUCAGCUCCCUGCUCGCCAUCGACCUGUGGCUGUCCAAGCAGCUGGGGGUGUGCGCCUGCGAGGACUCGUCGUGGGGCAGCAUGCGCCCCCUGAUGAAGCUGAUCGAGAUAUCCGGACACGGCAUCCCCUGGCUGGUUGGGACUGCUUACUGUCUGUACAAGAGCGACAGUGCUGCAGGACAAGAAGUCAUGCUCAACCUCUUCAUGGCCUUGCUGUUGGAUAUCAUCCUGGUUGGCAUUGUUAAGGCAGUGGUCCGUCGACGUCGGCCAUCAUAUAACCGCAUGGACAUGUUCGCCACUUUUUCCGUGGACAGCUACUCCUUCCCUUCCGGCCAUGCCACCCGUGCUGCCAUGUGUGGACGUUUUUUGCUUGCUCACCUCGUGCUGGCCGCUCCGCUGAGGGUCCUGGUCCUGCUGUGGGUCGGCCUGGUGGGGCUGAGCCGAGUGAUGCUGGGCAGGCACAAUGUGACUGAUGUGAUGUUUGGGUUCUGGAUGGGCUACUGGCAGUACAACCUGGUGGAGAUGCUGUGGCUCUCACCUCAGACCCUGCAAGGAAUGGUGGGACAGUUAGCUUAACUCAAAAGACUGAAGGAGGAGGGAACGUGGCAGUUUAAAUCCUGAUUGAAAUCCCUUAGGAACCGAUCUUGAUACAAGAGAUAUGAGACUCCCACUUGGCAGUUCAUGAUCCUGUUCACCUCAAGUGAACACAUCUAUUCACACAUCCAUGUCACUUUGUUUUUCUUAUUUCUUUGACAACAUCACACAAAAAUUGAAAGUAUCACAUAAAACAUUGCUAAUUAACUUAAAUUAUUAAAAGUAAGCCAACACAACUUAAUCCUUAUUAGGGAAUGCAAAUAAAUAACUUACAAAAUGUGUCAUCAUGCACUUAAUAGUCGUCAUAUCAGAUAUGUCUUCAAUCAAAGAAUCACUACUAAAAUCAAAAUUAAUUUAAAAAAUGUGUCAACAGUUUAUUCACAGUCAGAAGAAGAAGUGUGUUUGUUGGAGUCCUCUUCUCUUGCAUGACCAUUUCAAUGUCUUUAAUAAGGCUAAAGAACUACUGUACAAUACAUUUGUCAAUAUGAGGAAGGAAUAUUAUUUAUGGAAUGAACUUGAGUCUUUCUUCCCAUUUUCACUGGAAAGCAAUGAGCAUUCCAUUUACUACAAUGUAAAGGCCUGGAGAGGGGUCACCACUGUUAAACUGGGCUGAUGGUAAAGGAGAUCUUCUGUUUGACUUCUGAGCAACAAUAAUGGCUGUACAUUUAUGAUUUGUCUUUUCAGUUGCUGUUAGAAGUUAAAUAACAUUAUUUAUUUAAGGCAAACACGUGGAGUAAACAGAACAAAACAAUCCUGACAAAGCUUUAGCCAGAGAAAUCCCAGCUGUUUUUUUUUUUUUUUAUAAUAGUGGUCUGUAGUUUGGCAACAAAAUUAGAUCUGUGACUGUUCAGGUUUAAUCACCCUCUGACUGAUUUGACACAAAGUUGUAGCAUUGUUCUCUUUCUCAGGACAAAGCCCUUCACUGCAUUUGGUAUGAAAAUGUUAA